AUGAGCCAAAUUAUUCUCGCCACCAAUUCACCCACGACGCAUGUAGCAGCGGCAGCAGCGGCAGCAGCCUCGUAUCGUGCUGAGCAGCAUCAACAACAAGCAUUUCACGCGUAUCCAGGUUAUGGCGGUUAUGGUGCUGUACCAACAGCCACCCCAUUGCAAUACCCACCACCCGUUCCCAUUCCUUAUCCAAUGACUACAGCAGCACGUUUUCCUUAUUAUUCAGAACCACCCAUGUCACCUCAUCAUCACCACCGUGCUACUCCAACGGUUGCACCAUCAAGUCCCGAUUCAGUGCCCGCUUCUUCAUCAGCAGCAUCGAACAAGGAUAUCUCGCAAACGACAUCACCCAACAGUGUGGGUGCAGCAGGAGGAGGACCUCUCUCCACACCUCAUAUUUUACCUUCACAACAACCCUUAGCUUAUCGACAACAUGAUCAACCCCAAGCCGCUUUAGUGACACCCCUUUCACCUCGUUUCUCAAAUGCCACCACAGAACGUGUCAAAGAAACCAUCGCUCGUGCCAACUCGGUUCCCAUGGAAUUCUAUCAUACCGAGUUUCUUGAAUACUCCAAAGAAACCUAUGAAAAGAAGAAACAAAAUGCCUGUAAACGCAACAAGCGUAAACGAUCAGCAGCAGGAACGAGUGAACAAUCAUCCACCACAACAUUGGAAAAGAAACAAAAAUUGGAUCAUAUCUCUGAAGAAGAGUCUACUACCGGCAACGAUGAUGAUUCGGUUGUAGAAGAUGAAGAUGGACAAUUAAAUACGGUGGAGAUGCGUCGACAAAUCCAUAUCCAGUCGGAACAGAAACGACGUGCUCAAAUUCGAGAUGGAUUUGAUGAGCUACGCAAGCACUUGCCCGGUUGCAACAAUAAGAAAAUGAGCAAGGCAGCAUUAUUGACACGCACCGUGCAACAGCUUCAUCAUUUAAAAUCCACGCAAUCGGAAUUGCUUGAGGAAGUCGAAAGACUUAUGCAAGAGAAUGAAAACUUGAAAAAGUUCCAGCAUGGUAUUCUUCAACGUCAAGCAAUGGAAAAGAUGUGUGCCAUCUAA